AUGGGUAUCGCACUUCCCUCUGAGAUACUAUCAUCGCUAGAAGUCACCUGCCCGUGUCGGUCGGCUCAAUUGCGACAGCUUACAGCCUUGUACAGUGACCUCUAUCCCUCACCCCGAAAUCUUGUUGUCUACGGCUUACAAGGCACCGGACGGCUUCAUACUGUCUGUGCGGUUUUAUCCGCCCGCAAGAUCAACCAUGCUGUUGUCAGAAGCCGAGAAUGCCUCUCACUACGCCACCUGCUGUCCAAAAUACACACUGCAUGCAUCGAUGCUGUAUACCAUGGAGGGGAUAAGGGCGCCGAGGACGCAUAUGAAAGGCGAACAGAGUCGGUGAAUGCGCUCUGUGUGAGUUUACAGAGGCUACUACAGGGCAGAGAUGACAAGCUGGUCGUUGUGCUGGAAGGAAUUGAUCAUCAGAGAGGCCUGAGCCCCAACACUCUACCCGCUCUUGCGCGGCUGACUGAAAUUGUGCCCAAGCUCUGUCUCAUCUUUGUUGUCACUACACCACGACCGCUCCACCUCCAGAAGGCCGGCAUCCCCUACCUCCACUUCCCACCUUACGCUCGAGCCGAAGCCAUAUCUCUCGUCGUCCGCUCGCCGCCUCCACUCGCUUCCCAAGCCUAUCUGGAGGCUAACCAAGACCACCCCACUCUUCAAAAAUGGUACGCCUUAUUCGCAACCACCGUGUACGAAUCACUCGUUGCACCCACUUCGCUAUAUCAAUCGCACUUCGAGCAGACAUGCUCAACCCUCUGGCCACGCUUCAUCUGGCCCUACCUCAGCGGCGAGCGACCACCGGGCAAAGGCAAGAACGCGCAGUGGGAUUUCCCGAAACUGCUCGUCAGGCAGAGGUCACUCUUCCAGGCUGCGGGUGAGGAGACUCUGGCAGCCCGGCUGCUACCGAACGUAAAUGUUACCACGUUCGACGCGCUACAGCGCAAGCAGGAAGAGUCAAAGAAUAACGCACUUAAUAUCCCAUCAUCUACUGCGCUACCUAGGCCAAACCCUCUCCCAACGAUACAAUCUCCGCCAUCUAAUGCUCCGCUUCUCGCGCUCUUCCCCACCAUCCUCCUAAGCGCCGCCUACCUCGCCUCCCACACGCCUCCCAAACUCGACAUCCUCCUCUUCUCGCGCUUAUCAUCCUCCUCCCGCUCCGCCAGAGUCAAGAAGAGCUAUCACCGGAGAAAACUGUUCCAAUCACCCUCGAAACACAAGUCGGGUGUGGAGGGGCCCGGUACAGCAGGAGAAGGCGCGUCGGGAGCCGGUACACCGAAGAAGCGAGCGAGAUCGGGAGCAGGAAGGGCCGGGUUGGAAAUGAACCUCAACCUCGCCCGCCCUUUCACCUUGGAGCGCUUGGUCGCUCUCUUCCGGGCUAUACAUCCGCGCGGUGUGCACGGGAAGAGGAGUGUGACUGAUCGGGUGGGGAGAGAGAUUGCCGAGCUGGAGAGGCUGAGAUUGAUCGUUCCUGCUGCUGAAGGCGGUGCUGGUGCUGGGAGUGGCGGAGGGGUAGGAACAAGGGCGCUGGUCGGGGACGAGGCCGGUGCGGAGGAGAAGAGGUGGAGGGUCAAUGUGCCGAGGGCGUUUGUGGAGGAGCUGGCUGCACAUUAUGAGAGCGAGGUGCAGGGCGUGGGCGGCUUGGUUCGCGAGUUUGAGUUGCUAGACGCUUGA